AACAAUCCAUUCCGUUCUAGAAAACAGUUCUUAAGCCAAGAAUGUGGAUGUGCUGUGUCAAUGAUGGAACUUGCAAGAGGGUCAUCAUAUUGGAAGCAAAUCGGCCCAUUUUCCAAUAUAAUUGUUCUUAAUUUCGAUUGA